AUGUCCUCCCUGUAUCAAUACUCUUUCUCCCACGUCUCCAAGACAGAUUCAGUCGAUCAAUCCGCAAUUAAAUACCGCGACCUGCGUCUCAAAGCGCUAAAGGCUUCUCCUGAGUCCUUUUCUUCCACAUACGAAAUCGAAUCUCAAUUCACAGAUGCAGCAUGGAGGGAUCGCCUACUCCAGGACGAUAGAGAGAACUUUGUCUGCGUUGCAACCCCUGUCAGCCCUGGCGCUUCUUCGAUGGCACAAUGGGUAGGACAAGUGACUUUGAGAGGUCCAGUCAGCAGAAAAGACUUCACGCUCCCCGAGGUUUCUGGUCAACCCAUGCCCGGCGGGGACGACGAAGAAGAUCGUUGGCAGAUGCUCAGCCUGUUCAUUCUGCCAGAACACCAAGGACGAAAAUUGGGGCAAGGUCUAUGUCGGGAGGUUAUUAAACAUCUGCAAGAAACUCUACAAAAAACUAGAACCGUCGUGAGGUUGAUGGUCAAGCCCCAAAACACCGCUACUGUUCACUUAUAUGAAAAGCUUGGUUUUGAAACCGUCGGAAAAUGCACAUUGGCUGAGGCUCUUGUAGCGAACGGAGAUGGCCAUCUGCUUCCCGAAGAUACCACAGACACCAAGUACUCUACUCGGUCAGGCCUGAUUAUGAUCUACACUAUCUCAUAG